CUUUCAUGUUAAUCAGUGUUUUGGCUGCCAAAGUUAGCUGACUAAAAGUGCUAAAGCAGUCCACUGUGCUGUGACCUAAAUUUGUCUAAAUCUUCAGAAAAGGUAAAAAGUGAAGAAGGCGUCUGUGUAGAAAUGACUAUGGUCUGUUUGACUGAUUUUGAGGAAUAUGCCAAGCAGCACCUCUCAAAGGCUACAUGGGACUAUUAUGAAGCUGGAGCUGAUGACUGUUGCACCAGAGAUGACAACCUGCUGGCCUAUAAACGGAUCCGCUUGAGGCCAAGGAUUUUACGUGAUGUGUCAAUGAAUGACACUCGAACUUGUGUGCUGGGAUCAGAGUUAAGCUUCCCUGUGGGAAUUGCUCCCACGGCUUUCCAUUGCCUUGCGUGGCAUGAGGGAGAACUGGCCACUGCUAGAGCCACUGAGGCAGCGAAUACCUGUUAUAUAGCCAGCACAUACUCCACAUGUUCAGUGGAGGAGAUCGCAGCAGCAGCGCCCAAUGGCUACCGUUGGUUCCAGCUGUACUUGUACCGGGACCGUAAGCUUUCGGAGCAGAUUGUGCGCAGAGUGGAGGCACUUGGCUACAAAGCUCUGGUGCUUACAGUGGAUGUGCCCUACACUGGCAAGCGCCGCAAUGACAUACGAAACCAGUUUAAGCUCCCACCUCACCUAAAGGUCAAGAACUUUGAAGGAAUGUUCCAGGAGCAGGCAAGCUCCCAGGAGGAAUACGGGAUCCCUGCUAACACACUGGACCCGUCGAUCAGCUGGAAGGAUGUGUGCUGGCUCCAGUCUCUAUCACGUUUGCCUAUAAUCAUCAAGGGCAUCCUUACUAAAGAGGAUGCAGAGCUGGCCGUAGAGCAUGGCGUCCAAGGGAUAAUUGUGUCUAAUCACGGGGGCCGGCAACUGGAUGGAGGGCCUGCAACGAUAGAUUGUCUGCCUGAGAUAGUAGACACAGUGCAGGGCCGGGUCGAGGUCUACAUGGACGGAGGGAUCCGCACAGGCAAUGAUGUGCUGAAGGCCGUAGCCUUGGGAGCUAAAUGUGUGUUUAUUGGCAGACCAGCAAUCUGGGGCCUUGCUUACAAGGGGGAAGAAGGUGUGAGAGAGAUCUUACAGAUUCUACACGAUGAGUUUCGUUUAUCUAUGGCACUGUCAGGUUGCCGAAAUGUUGCUGAGAUCAACAGGAACCUUAUUCAGUUCUCCAGACUUUGAACAGCAAGAGGACUUUAGUCAUUUCUACUUUACCACUGACAGCAAAAGAUCCACUACUAAUAUACUAUUAAUACUAAAUGUGUUCAAGAAACUUGUUGCUUUAAGUGACAUUCAGCAACAAUUACAUAUCUACCUAUGUUCACAGUGUAAUGAUGGUUUUAAUACAGUAUUUGUAUUUCAGUAAACAUUAUGCAUGGCACUGCAUAAAUUUUAAAUAAAGGCAGAAUUUUGCCUAAGAGUGAAUUAUUUUGGUAA